AUGUAUAAUUCAUUGUUUGCUUUUACCUCUUUGGGUGGUAAAGUAGACAAGUCUGUUAAUAAUGGUACAGGACCAUAUGUUUUCCGUCUCAAUGGCCAGAAUUAUCAUAGGAUUGGGUCACUGCUUCCUAUUGAAGGAGAAAAACCUACAUUCGCUCAACUCUAUAUCUAUGAUACAGAUAAUGAAAUAGGACAUAGAAUUGAUGCAGUGGUCAAGAAGUAUAAGAAACAUGAAGUAGAUCCUGAUAUUGUUGUUGGAUUAUUGGAAAUGUUAGAUAAUUGUAAUGAAUUGGUGAAAGCAUUUAGGAUGGCAAGGGAUAGAUUUACUGAAUCUGAAAUGCGAAAUGUCAAAAUUCGCUUGAUUGGGACACGCAAUCCAAAUGGAAGACAAUAUAACCUCCCUACAUUAUCUGAGGUUGCUGCUGUUAUUGUUGGGGAUUUUAAUGUUGAAAGCUCCAAUCGUGAUAUCAUAGUUGAAAAUAAAUCGUCAGGCUUGCAACGAAUAAGUGAGCUUCAUCCAAGUUUUAUGUCAUUGCAAUAUCCUUUACUUUUUCCAUAUGGCGAAGAUGGUUUCAUGAAGAAUAUAAGUUAUAGAAGUAAUGGUGAAGGGAAAGUAAGGAAAAGAGGAGCUGUUACCAUGAGAGAAUAUUAUGCUUUUAGACUUCAACAGCGUGCUAAUGAGGGGCAAACAUUGAUACUUGGCGGGAGGUUGUUUCAGCAAUUUAUUGUAAAUGCAUACACGUGUAUUGAGGAAGCACGUCUUCGAUAUAUUCGUGACCAUCAGAAUGACUUUAGAAUAGAGAUUUUAAGUGGUCUAAUGGAUGCCAUACUUGGUGGAGAUACAGACGCAACAACAGUUGGAAAACGUGUGAUAUUGCCUUCUUCAUUUACAGGUGGUCCAAGAUAUAUGGCACAAAAUUAUCAAGAUGCAAUGGCAAUAUGCAGAUGGGCUGGAUAUCUAGAUCUUUUUAUAACCUUCACCUGCAAUCCUAAGUGGCCAGAAAUUAGUUUGUUUUUGGACUCUAUUCCUAAUCAGAAAGCUGAAGACCGACCUGAUAUUGUAGCAAGAGUGUUCAAAAUAAAGUUGGAUCAACUACUGCAUGAUCUCACCCAUGGAAAGCACUUUGGAAGAGUAAUUGCAGUUGUGUAUACUAUUGAAUUCCAAAAAAGAGGCCUGCCACAUGCACAUAUUCUUCUUUUCCUUCAUCCUAAAGACAAAUGCCCAACUCCUACACAUAUUGAUAGUAUAAUCAAAGCUGAAAUACCAAAUUCAUGUACAGACCCAGUAGCUUAUGAAGCUGUGAAACUAUAUAUGAUGCACGGACCAUGUGGACUUGCUAACAUGACAUCUCCUUGCAUGAUCAAUGGUAAAUGUUCAGAGCAUUUUCCAAAAAGCUUUUAUGCUGAAACAACUAUUGAUGAUGAUGGUUUUCCAAAUUAUCGAAGAAGAAACGAUGGAGAAACAAUAGAAAAAAAUGGAAUACUUUUGGAUAACCAAUAUGUUGUUCCUUACAACAUAGACCUCCUGUUCAAAUACCAAUCACAUAUAAAUGUUGAGUGGUGCAACCGGUCUCAAUCAAUCAAGUAUUUGUUUAAGUAUAUAAACAAAGGAUCAGAUAGAGCGACUAUUGUUUUACAAGAAAAUCCUUUAACAAAUAGUGGUGAUAAUUCUGAGAUUGUUGUUGAUGAAACAAAAGACUAUCUGGAUUGUAGGUAUAUUUCAGCAUCUGAAGCGUGUUGGAGGAUAUUUGAAUUUAAAAUUCAAUAUCGGAACCCAGCUGUUGAAAGGUUAAAUUUUCAUCUAGAAAAAAAGAAUACCGUAACAUUUCCAGAGUCUAUUAAUCUUAGGCAAUUAGUUCAUCGUCCUGGAAUUGAAAAUACCAUGUUCACAGAAUGGAUGAAGGCUAAUAAUUCUUUUGAAGAUGCUAGAGAGUUGACAUAUAUUGAUUUCCCUACAAAAUGGGUCUGGCAUAGUAAUGUUCAGAAUGGAGGCGAAGAAAAAAUGGAAAAUGUAUUGGGAGGAUUUAUUUUGCACAUCCUUCAAGUGGAGGCAUGUUAUGCACUUGGGCUUCUUGAUAAUGACAAGGAAUGGCAUGAUGCCAUAUUGGAAGCAUCCAAUUGGGCUUCUGGAAAACAACUACGUGAAUUGUUUGUGACUAUUUUGAUGCUUUGUGAAGUAGCUGAUCCAUCCAAUCUAUGGAAAUCACAUUGGAAAAUAUUCUCAGAAGACAUACUUCAUAUUCAAAGGCGUAUCUUGCAAUUUGAUGAGCUUAAAUUGUCAGAAACACAGUUGAAAAAUUAUGCCUUAUAUGAAAUUGAAAAAUUACUUCAACAAUUUGGGAGAUCUCUUGGAGACUAUCCACGAAUGCCACAACCUGAUAUGAAUUUGAUUCAAAAGAGUACAAAUAGGCUGAUUCAAGAAGAAACGUCGUACGACAUCUUAGCCUUAAAAAAAGAACAUGAAGUUCUUCUUGCUGGUUUGAAUAUUGACCAAAAAAAAAUUUAUGAUUCAGCAAUCUUGGCUGCUGUCAGAUCCCAAGAAAAAAUUGCUCUUGCUACUGCAACAUCAGGAAUUGCUGCUUUGUUACUCCCUGGAGGUAGAACUGCUCAUUCACGAUUUCAUAUACCAAUUAAUAUUUAUGAUGAAUCUACAUGUGAAAUUAAGCAAGGAACUCAAGUAGCUGAACUUUUGUUGAAAACAAGUGUUAUUUUAUGGGAUGAGGCACCUAUGGCACAUAGAAAUUGUUUAGAGGCACUUGAUCGCUCUCUUCGUGAUAUUUUACGUAUCCAAAAUCCUAAUUGUGCUAACAAACCAUUUGGAGGAAAGGUUGUGGUAUUAGGGGGAGAUUUUCGACAAAUACUACCUGUUGUCAAAAAAGGUAAAAGAGAAGAUAUUGUGCAUUCUGCAAUUAACAAAUCAUAUCUAUGGAAAGAAUGUCAAGUUUUCAAAUUACACACAAAUAUGAGGCUUCUGCAGAAUAGAUUAGACAAUUCAGAAUAUGCAUCAAUGAUGAAGUUUAGUGAGUGGAUUUUGAAGAUUGGAAAUGGUGAAAUGGGUGAAGGAGAUGGAGAGAAUUCAAUUAUUAUUCCAGCUGACUUAAUUAUCAAACAUACUGAAAAUCCAAUGGAAGAUAUUGUAAGAAGCACAUAUCCUGAUUUACAAAUGAAAAUCACAGAUCAUAGUUACUUACAAGAGAGAGCUAUACCUGCACCAACUAAUGAAGUUGUUGAAGAACUUAAUGAUUAUGUAGUAUCAUGUUUACAUGGUGAAGAGCAAACAUAUUUAAGUUCAGAUUCCAUAUGCAAAGCUUCCUCCAAUAUUGCUAACCAAGACGUUUUGUAUCCUGGUGAAUUCUUGAACACAUUAAGAUUUCCUGGAUUGCCAAAUCAUAAAUUAAAGUUGAAAUUAGGCUUGCCUAUCAUGUUGCUUCGAAAUCUAAACCAAAAUGCAGGUCUUUGUAAUGGAACAAGAUUGGUUAUUACUAAAUUGGGUACAUGGGUCAUAGAAGCAAAGAUCAUUACUGGUACCAAUAUUGGAGCACAUGUUUUUAUUCCAAGAAUCACAUUGUCUCCAAGUGAGUCAAAAUGGCCAUUCCUCUUGAAGAGACGACAGUUCCCAAUUUCAGUAUGUUUUGCAAUGACAAUUAAUAAGAGCCAAGGUCAAUCUCUGAAACAUGUUGGUGUGUAUCUCCCAAAUCCGGUUUUCAGCCAUGGACAAUUAUAUGUUGCAGUAUCUAGAGUUACAAGCAGAGAUGGCUUGAAGUUCCUCAUCAUCAACAAUGAAAUCAACAAAGAGUCGAAUACAAAAAAUAUUGUCUACAAAGAAGUAUUCACAGGCCUUGCUUAA